AUCCAACGCCAAUUGGGCUCAGUUCAAAAUUAGGGCUGUUUUUCGUCUGUCUACCUUUGGUCGAGAUCUGUGAAAGGGAACACCUCUUCGAAUUCAGUAGAACGUAGAUUGGGACUAGAAUCACGGAAGCGGUGGUUUUCGACACAGAAGCCCCAAGAAUGACUCACUGACUCACUCACUGGCUGACACCCCUUGACUCUUUCACUCUUUCAUUCCAAGCCAAGCAACAAGCCUCAUGAGACGUUUAGGAACGGAUCCGAAACACAAAUAGGAUCCGCCAUGUCUUUCACAAUGACAUUUAACAGCCAGCGAAGUGUGCUCCUCAUCGUGGUGGUGGUCCUGGUUUCCCAUUUGAUCACGGUUAUUCAAUGUAACGUGGGGUCGGUCCAAAGAGGAAUGCAGAGGGACCAAUCGUAUGCUGGAGAGAGCCUCAGCAGUCUCGGCUCCCGCAGCGAUGAUCCCAUAUCAAGUCAAGAUUUGCAGAAGCUCAAAUGGUGGGAGGAUGUCUAUCCGUCGCGACUGAGAUCAAGUCGCCUUCCGCACAAUAAAAGACCGCCAAACCUUCUCUCUCCCGGGGUUUUUAGCUUCAAAACUCCAACCAGCACCCAGUACUAUUUUCAUGAUCAGGGUGCCCGAAUCAUCAAGUCGUCUCACUUCAUGAAGCGUUACCAUUUGGGGAGAAAGAUCAGCUUUGUAUGCGUGGCCCGUGGACAUCCACGGCCUCAUAUCACGUGGCUCAAGGAUGGAUUGGAAUUGAACUCAUAUGCUGGUUAUGAAGGAGUGGGAAUCAGUGAAUGGCGUUUGAACGGGGAUAUGAUGAAGAGCAAGUUGGAGAUUGACCCAGCGAUGCCCAAGGACGCCGGAUUCUAUGAAUGUUUGGGCGAUAAUAAGUUUGCCAUCGAUCGACGCGGAUUCAUCGCCAAAUACGAACUGAACUAAUUCAGCCAGCCAAAUUGGCAUUCUUUGUAGUAGGACGGAGCUAACUAAAUCCAUCAAUCAAGCAUGCAUGCACUGGUAUUAAAGCUCUUCUCAUCAUCA